AUGGUCAUUCUACAGCAGUUUGACUUAGUGAAGAUGUACAAACGUCGGGAGUAUGUGGAGCUCUAUGAGAAGGAUCUGGCCAAAUGGGCGCUACUACGCAACGUCAACACUGUGAUGAAACACAGCACACUGCUGCCGGGCGACUAUGUCUGGCUGGACCUCAAGACGGGUCGGGAGUUUGAGGUGCCGAUCGGUGCCGUGGUCAAACUCUGUGACUCAGGACAGAUCCAAGUGCUCGAUGAUGAAGGGAAUGAGCACUGGAUCUCCCCUCAGAAUGCCACCAACAUCAAGCCGAUGCACCCGACCUCCAUCCACGGGGUGGAGGACAUGAUCCGCCUGGGAGACCUGAACGAAGCCGGCAUCCUCCGAAACCUCCUCAUCAGAUACAGAGAGAAGCUCAUAUAUACUUACACCGGCUCCAUCCUCGUAGCCGUCAACCCGUACCAGCUGCUGCCCAUCUACACGGCCGACCAGAUCCGCCUCUACACCAACAAGAAGAUCGGUGAAAUGCCUCCUCACAUCUUUGCCAUCGCAGACAACUGUUACUUCAACAUGCAGAGGAACAACCGUGACCAGUGCUGCAUCAUCAGUGGAGAAUCAGGAGCAGGGAAGACAGAGAGCACCAAACUGAUCCUUCAGUUCCUGGCAGCUAUCAGCGGUCAACACUCCUGGAUCGAGCAGCAGGUCCUGGAAGCAAAUCCUAUACUAGAAGCCUUUGGAAACGCUAAAACAAUCCGAAAUGAUAACUCGUCUCGCUUCGGGAAAUACAUCGACAUCCACUUCAACAAGAGAGGAGCGAUCGAGGGAGCCAAGAUAGAGCAAUACCUGCUGGAGAAGUCCAGAGUGUGUCGACAGGCGUCUGAUGAGAGGAACUACCACAUCUUCUACUGCAUGCUGAAGGGAAUGACUCCAGACGAGAAGAAGAAACUGGGGCUGAGUAAAGCCACCGACUACACCUACCUGACCAUCGGUAACUGUACUGUGUGUGACGGCCGAGACGACUUGAAGGAGUACUCCAACAUCCGCUCUGCCAUGAAGGUUCUGAUGUUCACAGACAAAGAGAACUGGGAGAUUACCAAACUGCUGGCUGCUAUAUUACACAUGGGAAACCUCGGGUAUGAAGCUCGCAACUACGACAACCUGGACGCCUGUGAGGUCGUCCGCAGCGUUCACCUCACCACUGCUGCUACACUGCUGGAGGUGGACGGUAAGGACCUGAUGAACUGUCUGACCAGCCGUACUCUGAUCACCAGAGGAGAGACCGUCUCCACCCCGCUCAGCAUGGAGCAGGCUCUGGAUGUGCGCGACGCCUUUGUGAAGGGAAUUUACGGCCGACAGUUCGUGUGGAUCGUGGAGAAGAUCAAUGCAGCCAUUUAUAAGCCGACUUCCACACAACCCAAAGCUCUGAGACGCUCCAUCGGACUGCUGGACAUCUUUGGCUUUGAGAACUUCACAGUCAACAGCUUCGAGCAGCUCUGCAUCAACUUUGCGAACGAGAACCUGCAGCAGUUCUUUGUGCGUCACGUCUUCAAACUGGAGCAGGAAGAGUACAACCUGGAGAACAUCAACUGGCAGCACAUCGAGUUCACCGACAACCAGGACGCCCUGGACAUGAUCGCCAUCAAACCCAUGAACAUCAUCUCGCUCAUCGACGAGGAGAGCAAGUUCCCAAAGGGCACAGACACCACCAUGCUCAACAAGCUGAACUUCCAACACAAAGUCAACACCAACUACAUCCCUCCAAAGAACAACCACGAGACGCAGUUUGGCAUCCAACACUUCGCUGGAGUGGUUUACUACGAGACACGAGGCUUCCUGGAGAAGAACAGAGACACUUUAUACGGCGACAUCAUCCAGCUGGUUCACUCGUCCAAGAACAAGUUCAUCAAACAAAUCUUCCACGCUGAUGUGGCCAUGGGGGCAGAGACCAGGAAGCGUUCUCCCACCCUCAGCAGUCAGUUUAAGAGAUCUCUGGAGCUGCUGAUGAGGACUCUGAGCGUCUGUCAGCCUUUCUUUGUCCGCUGCAUCAAACCCAACGAGUUCAAGAAGCCCAUGUUGUUCGACAGAGAGCUGUGUGUGCGACAGCUGAGGUACUCUGGGAUGAUGGAGACCAUUCGGAUCCGCCGUGCAGGAUACCCGAUCCGCUACACCUUUGUAGAGUUUGUGGACCGGUACAGGGUGCUGAUGCCUGGAGUCAAACCGGCGUACAAACAGGAGGACCUGAGGGGAACCUGUGAGAGGAUCGCAGAGGCCGUGCUCGGCAGAGACGACGACUGGCAGAUGGGAAAGACCAAGAUCUUCCUGAAGGAUCAUCACGACAUGCUGCUGGAGAUCGAGAGAGACAAAGCCAUAACAGACAAGGUGAUCCUGAUCCAGAAGGUGGUUCGAGGUUUCAAGGACAGGUCCAACUUCCUGAAGAUGAGAAAGUCAGCUGUGUACAUCCAGAAGACGUGGAGAGGGUAUCACUGCAGGAAGAACUACGGAGCUAUGCGAGCGGGCUUCUCUCGGCUCCAGGCUCUGGUUCGUUCCAGGAAGUUGUGUGCGUCGUAUCACGUGGCCCGUCAGCGAAUCACAGGCUUCCAGAGUCGCUGCAGAGGCUUCCUGGUGCGCCGGGCGUUCAGACACCGGCUGUGGGCCGUCAUCACCAUCCAGGCCUACACCCGAGGGAUGAUCGCACGCAGGCUGUUCAAGAGGCUGAAGGGAGAGUAUCGAAGGCGGCUCGAGGCGGAGAAGCUGCGUCUAGCUGAGGAGACCAAACUGAGGAACCAGAUGUCAGCGAAGAGAGCGAAGGCCGAGGCUGAACGCAAACACCAGGAGCGUCUCACCCAGCUGGCCAAAGAGGACGCUGAGAGGGAGAAGAAGGAGAAGGAGGAUGCUCGCAAGAAGAAGGAGAUGGUGGAGCAGAUGGAGAAGGCCCGCUUGGAGCCCGUCAACGACUCGGACAUGGUGGACAAGAUGUUCGGCUUCCUGGGGACGACAGCGUCCUUCCCGGGCCAGGAGGGGCAAGCUCCUGCUGGGUUUGAGGACCUGGAGCGGACUCAUCAGGAGCUGGAGGAGGAAGACCUGGAUGAGGCUCUUCCUCUGCCGGAGGACGAUGACGAGGAGGACCUAUCAGAGUACAAGUUUGCAAAGUUUGCUGCCACCUACUUCCAGGGCACCACCACUCACACCUACGUCCGCAGGCCUCUCAAACAGCCGCUGCUGUUCCACGACGACGAGGGAGACCAGCUGGCUUCUCUGGCCGUGUGGAUCACAGUGCUGAGGUUCAUGGGAGAUCUCCCUGAGCCUAAAUACCACACGGCUAUCAGUGACGGGAGCGAGAAGAUUCCCGUCAUGACCAAAAUCUACGAGACGCUGGGGAAGAAGACGUACAAGAGAGAGCUGCAGGCGCUGCAGGGAGAGGGGGAGACGCCUCACACCGACAGCGUCAAGAAGAACAGCGUCCGACACAAGCUGGUGUCCCUGACGCUGAAGAAGAAAUCAAAGAUCACAGAGGAGGUGACAAAGCGCCUCAAUGACGGUGAGUACAGUCUCCACGGAAACAGCAUGCUGGAGGACAGACCAACAUCCAACCUGGAGAAACUUCACUUCAUCAUCGGCAACGGGAUCCUGAGACCAGCUCUGAGGGAUGAGAUCUACUGUCAGAUCUGUAAGCAGUUGAGUCAGAACCCGUCGAAGAGUUCUCACGCUCGGGGCUGGAUCCUCAUCUCUCUGUGUGUCGGCUGCUUCGCCCCCUCUGAUAAGUUUGUGAAGUACCUGAGGAACUUCAUCAGCAGCGGGCCUCCAGGUUACGCUCCGUACUGCGAGGAGAGGCUGAGACGGACGUUUGUUAACGGGACGAGAACGCAGCCGCCAUCAUGGCUGGAGCUUCAGGCCACCAAGUCAAAGAAGCCCAUCAUGCUGCCGGUGACGUUCAUGGACGGCACGACGAAAACUCUUCUGACCGACUCGGCCACUACGGCCAAAGAGCUCUGCAGCGCCCUGUCCGACAAGGUCAACCUGAAGGACCGCUUUGGGUUCUCGCUCUACAUCGCGCUGUUUGACAAGGUCUCCUCUUUAGGCAGCGGGAACGACCACGUGAUGGACGCCGUCUCUCAGUGUGAGCAGUACGCUAAAGAGCAGGGAGCUCAGGAGAGGAACGCCCCCUGGAGGCUGUUCUUCAGGAAGGAGAUCUUCACACCCUGGCACUCCCCCUUUGAGGACCAGGUCGCCACAAACCUCAUCUACCAGCAGACCGUGAGGGGCGUCAAGUUCGGAGAGUACCGCUGUGACAGGGAUGACCUGGCAGAACUGGCCUCUCAGCAGUACUACGUGGACUACGGUUCAGAGAUCCUUCAGGAGCGCCUGCUGAGCCUCAUCCCGUCCUACAUCCCCGACAGAGAGAUCAGCACCUCCAGGACGGUGGAGAAAUGGGCUCAUUUCAUCAUGGCUGCUCAUAAAAAGGGCAUCUACACCCAGAAGAGGUUUGACUCUCAGAAGGUGAAGGAGGAGGUCGUGGACUUUGCUCGGCACAAGUGGCCUCUGCUCUUCUCACGUUUCUAUGAAGCCUUCAAAUUUUCAGGUCCCAGUCUGCCUAAAAACGACCUGAUCGUGGCCGUGAACUGGACCGGGGUGUAUUUUGUGGAUGAACAGGAGCAGGUCCUCUUGGAGCUGUCCUUCCCAGAAAUCAAUGCAGUUUCCAGUAGCAGAGGAGGAAAGCUGCAGAGUCAGAACUUCACGUUGGCCACCAUCAAAGGAGACGAGUACACCUUCACAUCCAACAACGCCGAGGACAUCCGGGACCUGGUGGUGACCUUCCUGGAGGGCCUGAGGAAGAGGUCCAAGUUUGUGGUCGCACUGCAGGACAACCCGAACACCACAGGCGAGGAGUCAACGUUCCUGAGUUUCAAGAAAGGGGACCUGAUCCUGUUAGACCAGGACACAGGAGAACAGGUCCUCAACUCUGGCUGGGCUCAUGGAGUCAACGAACGGACCAAUCAGAGGGGAGACUUUCCAGCUGACUGCGUCUACGUGCUGCCGACCAUGACCCGGCCACAGCCAGAGAUAGUGGCCCUGGUAACGAUGACUCCAGACCAGCGUCAGGAGUCAGUUCGUGUGUCUCAGCUCGUCAUGCCUGAGACCGAGGGCAAGAUGAAACCGUACACACUGGAGGAGUUCUCCUACGACUACUUCAGACCUCCUCCCAAACACACCCUGAGCAGAGUGAUGGUCACCAAGAAUCGAGGGAAGGACAAGAUGUGGAGCUGCACCAGAGAGCCGCUCAAACAGCCGCUGCUGAAGAAGGUGGUCAACCACGAGGAGCUGGCUCAGGACGCCUGCAUGUCCUUCAUCGCGAUGAUGAAGUACAUGGGCGACUAUCCGUCCAAACGCACGCGCUCAGUCAACGAGCUGACCGACCAGAUCUUUGAAGGAGCGCUGAAAGCCGAGCCUCUCAAAGACGAGAUCUACUGUCAGAUCAUCAAACAGCUCACUGACAACCACGUCAAGUACAGCGAGGAGAAAGGCUGGGAGCUCCUCUGGUUGUGCACCGGUCUGUAUCCUCCCAGCAACAUGCUGCUGCCGCACAUCCAGCGCUUCCUCCAGUCCAAGAAACACCACCCGCUGUCCGGAGACUGCAUGCAGAGGCUGCACAAAUCUCUACGUAACGGAUCCAGGAAGUACCCCCCUCAUCUGGUGGAGGUGGAGGCUAUCCAACACAAGACGACACAGAUCUUCCACAAAGUCUAUUUCCCCGACGACACAGACGAGGCCUUUGAGGUGGAGUCCAGCACCAAAGCAAAGGAUUUCUGCCAGAACAUCUCGACCAGGCUGCUGCUCAAAUCACCGGAGGGCUUCAGCCUGUUCGUCAAAAUCUCAGACAAGGUGAUCAGCGUGCCGGAGGGAGAUUUCUUCUUUGACUUUGUCAGACAUUUGACGGACUGGAUCAAGAAAUCUCGACCUGCUAAAGAUGGAAUCGUCCCGUCUCUGACCUAUCAGGUGUUCUUCAUGAAGAAGUUGUGGACGAACACGGUCCCAGGGAAAGACUCCUUCGCUGACUCCAUCUUUCACUACUAUCAGGAGCUUCCGAAAUACCUGCGCGGCUACCAUAAAUGUUCCCGAGAGGAGGUUUUCCAGCUCGCAGCGCUCAUCUAUCGCGUCAAGUUUGAGGACGACAAAUCCCACUUUCCUACAAUUCCCAAGAUGCUCCGGGAGCUGGUCCCUCAGGAUCUCAUCCGUCAGAUGUCACCGGACGACUGGAAGAGGUCUGUGGUUGCAUACUUCAACAAACAGGCCGGUAAAUCGAGGGAAGAAGCCAAACUGAUGUUCCUGAAGAUCAUUUACAAAUGGCCGACCUUUGGCUCCGCCUUCUUUGAGGUCAAGCAAACGACAGAACCCAACUUCCCUGAGAUUCUUCUAAUCGCCAUCAACAAGCACGGAGUCAGCCUCAUCGACCCCAAGAACAAGGACAUCCUGACCACACACCCUUUCACCAAGAUCUCCAACUGGAGCAGUGGAAACACCUACUUCCACAUCACCAUCGGGAACCUGGUCAGAGGAAGCAAACUGCUGUGUGAGACCUCGCUGGGCUACAAGAUGGACGACCUGCUGACCUCGUACAUCAGUCAGAUGCUCACCACCAUGAACAAGCAGCGCUCCGGGCGGGGCCAGAGCAAGUGAACUUCUUACUGGCAGGAGGCUACAGAGCUCAUCCGGCUCUUGCGCCCCAUUGGCCAGCCCUGCAGCUGGGGGCGGACCUUUGCCCACCAGCUGUGGAGGAUGAGCCGCACUCCCUCUGCCAGCUCAGAGGGGUCAAAGCUCACGGGGGAGAGUUCGGCCGCCAGCAGCGACGACCCCGGCGAAGGCCCCAGCAACAGAUAUCAAAACAGCUACAACUACGAUGAAGACGAGCCGUCCAGUGAGGAUGACUACCUCUGAAACCUCCUGACCCUCCGUCCUGCAGGUCCUGGUCUGGUUCAGGAUUACACAGACGGACCUGUUUGAACAGACAUGGUGUUCACUUGCUGCUCAGAUCAGACUCUGCAGGAGGAGACUGCCUGAAGGAAACUCCUGUGAGGUGCAACGUUCCUGUGACAUCUGCAGACUUUGACUUUAACGUUUCAUCUGCUGUCGUGUGACUUAAUGAGGAAAACUACAACUCAGACUGUGAACUACAACACCUGUAAGCUCAAGAGGUUCCACCUCUUCUGACUCCCUCACCUGUGAUCAGAUCACGUUAUUUAUGUUGGAAAUUAAAGAUGCAAAAUCAUGAUGUGAAACAUGCACUUAUAAAAAUCAGUGGGCCUGAUGAGUCCUUCUGUAUUUCCCUACAUCUUUGAUCAUUUGACUUUGAAAUUAAAUUAUUUGUGAUAUCAAAAACAUAAAGAAAAGUCUGACAUUUAAUCCGUUAACAACUGUAGAAACUUUGAAUCACUUCUAAGAGUUACUCUGCAGCACCCCGUGUCAGUAUGAGGAUUUAAAAUGAAGUUUUCAUCCAUCCAGUCAUUGUAAAGGGUGUUUUUGUAUUUGUGAGGUGAGGUUUAGUAACACUACAUUUAUAUUUGUUCUCUUUGAGCACAUUGAAAGUUUGAAUUCUGUCUUAUUUAGAGCCUCAAUUAAAACUUUCUUGCAAGAAACAAAGUCAGAAACAAUGAAAGGUUUAAAAGCGAUUCUCUUUUGAAGGUUUUGUGUUUAACUCUUAAAAUAAUACUCAUGAUCCCCUCAUUUGUCAAACAGGAAUAUCUCUCAGGCCCUUGAACCCAAACAGUUUGUUACAAAUUUGAGUCAUUAAUGUAAAAGUCUUAUUUGUAUGUGCAACACUAAAACAGACCUGCUCUGUGUUCCUGAAGUCUUCUUUGUGGCCUGUAACGUCUCAGCUGUGGGUUUAUUCUCAAUCCCUCACUCAUGUUUACAUCAUGUUAUUACUGUAGAUUAUUUAUCAGCUGUUUGUGUUCAGUAGCAGCUUUUUGUCACCUCACUGUGGAGAGCUGCAGAGUCAGUAAUAGUUGUCUGUAGAUUAAAGAAGCUGCUCACAUAGCUAGUCUAAUUAAAAAACAUGCACUGAAACAUCCUGCAAACGGGCAUUUCUUCAUGUUGUGUAACGAAAUGUUAAGUUGUAUUUUUUAAAUCACUGUGACACUGUUUGGAUUAAACUGCUGCAGCUGAAUUGGGACGUGCAUCAGAGUGUGUACUGUGGUGACAAACCCUGAAAUGAAAGGUGAAGAAGUUUUUAAGAGGUGUUUUGAAAUCCUGAAGAUGGAUUCUGGAUCCUGGUUUUGAUACUGGCCAUAGGUUCAAUAAGCUGCUCGGAGUAAAACACCAAGUGGAGUCAGAGGUUGGAGAAAUACUCGCCUUUUAACCAUGUUUUUGCAUCAGAACGUACUGUAUUGAGAAUAUAACUGAUGCACAAACUUUGAUUUAGAUAUAUAUGACUUAUGUUACUGUACUGUUUUGCUUUCACCCUAAAAAGCACAGAUUAGCACACAUCCUACUAAACUAUCCUUUGAAACAUCAGGUCUGGUUUAAUAAUCAGGCACUAAGAAAAGAAAAUCCUGUCUGCUUUUUGUUGUGGUUGAACUCUGUCUCUAACUUCGCCCUGCCUGUGUGAUUCCAACCUGUAGAUGUGACAAAGCUUCCUCUGUCUCUGCACUGUUUUUAUUAUGUUUGUAUGAUGAUCAAAUACACCGGUAUUUCGACAGUGCCAAUACCUUUACAGUCUGCAGUUUGUUUUUCUUUCUUUGUGGACGAAUGCAAACUUGUUGUGUUUAUCUUCAUGUGAGGUUAUUUAGUUCUUGCUCUGUGUAAUAACUUUGGUAAAAAACAAACAUUAAAUACAUUUUUCUGACUUGA